AUGCCGGAAUGCAAACCUCUUUGCACAGAAAGCUAUUAUGACGCGAUGGUCACCUACGACCUCUUGAACCCGGCUUACGUGAAGAACGAGACUGCGCAAUUCGGAUACAACCUCACGCAAAGUGAGGUGACGAUGGUCGAGGUCUACUACAGCAUGCUGUCGGAAAAGACGAUCUCGUUUUCGGCUUACGCCACCAUCGACUUCAUCAGUAGCGCCGGAGGGAUUCUCGGUCUCAUCUUCGAAGGCAGCUGCAUGACGAUCGUCCAGUUCGUCACGUUCCACGUCUGGUUCUCCCGGCAGUUCAUGAUGAGCAUGAAGAAGAGGAUGCGCGAGGCGGAGGGCAGCUACGAGGAGGACGGCAACUACGAGGAAGACGACAACUACGAGGAGGACGGCAACUAUGAAGAGGACGACAACUACGAGUUCGAUUUCCAGAGCAGGAAGUCGAGGAUGACCAUUCGGGACUGCUUCUUCGUCUGAGUCGGCGAGGAGGAGGAUUAGUCGAGCGUUUCGCUCGGCGGUUGCGCCGUCGAGUGCUUUCCCAUGCGCAAGUGUCUAGUUUACGAGCGUUCCGUCGCUUGAGUCUCGCGCGACGUCUUGCAGAG